UCUCCAUCACUCACGUCUCGGUGCAAACAAGCAAAUCCAUCGCUAUUGCCACGUUCAGCCACUCCUCCUUUUUUUGUGCAUCGUUUUGCUUUUGCCUUUUAAAAAAUUUGCCGCAGCCGGGCCACCUUCACGGUCGUUCGAUUGUUCCCAAUGUAAUCCAGAAUGACUUGAUGAAAUUUUCUUCGACGUCAUUGCGUUAAUGCGCCUCGUUUCCGCUUGCCGAGGACAACUGAUAAGGGUCGUGGAAGAACCAGAGCCGAGGUGGUGUGGGCCGAUUAAUGUCCAUCAGCAUGACGCACUGGGGGAUCAAGCUGUUUCACGUGAUUGGUUUCUGCACAUACGCGUACUGCAUCUACUAUUCCGAGGUUCACUUGGACAUUCCGCAGCGGACUCCAUCUCACAAGAGGUUUGGCCGCUACAAGUACCUCACCCACUGGAACUUGACAUUUCAGGGGCUCAUGUUCACACUGAGCUGCUUCCUCGACUUUGCGCCGAUACGGAAUAAGCAACGGCUCAAGCGGUUUUACGACCACCUCUUCGUUGCAUUGUCGCUACCGGUAUGCAUGUUUGUGACUGGAUUAUUCUGGUCUCUCUACUUCUACGACCGAGAGCUGAUUUUCCCUCAAUCACUCGCAAUCUACUAUCCAUGGUGGCUCAACCAGUUGUCGCACACCACCAUUUCAUUCUUCGCGCUGCUUGAAGCCAAGCUUGUCUACCAUGCCACGCCUCCCAGAAAAGAUGGAUUCCGCACCAUCUUCAUGCUUGUCUGCACCUAUGUCGGAUGGAUCGUCUAUCUCGGAAUGGUGCAUGAGAUGUGGGUGUACCCUGUCCUCGAGUUCAUGUCACCAGCCCUGCUGCCAAUCUUCAUUGGCUGUUGCUCAGCCGCCAUAUUUGGCGUGUACAUUGUUGGAGAGAAAAUCAACCACAGGUUCUGGCGUGCAGCCCAAAGAAGUCAUCUAGUCAUGUAGCCCUUGUUGAAAAAUCGUGCACCUUUAUCUAGCAGUUGUUACCACGUGGCUGGCGGGUUAGAACGAUACUGUUUACGUUAUGGUGUUCCGCAAAAUUCAAUGCUGAUCUGUAUAGAGCAUGCAAAUGAUUAAACAGAGGCCGUAAAAUGGGGCUUUAUAUACAUACUUUGUGAACCAAAUGCAAAGCCGACAGCUGUCCAUGUAGUUGUGAACGUUAGUUGAAGGAGAGAUUUAUGGAUUAACUGUGCCAAUGGCGGAGCGGUCAGUACUAGUCAACGUGCUAUUAGAAUGUGGUUCGUCUUACUGCGAUAGCUGUUCUUUUAGAGUGUUAUCACCUACUGAGCACGCCUGAGUGCCCCCUCGUUUUAUACCAAAGAAGCAUAUGCCUCACAAAACAUAUAAUACCAGUUUACAAGACGUCGUGAGCAAAGGGGAAAUGUCAGUAGUAUUGUUAGGACAAACUGCUCCAAAGUUGGUCUUGCAAUUAUCACUAAUUUGAUUUAGCACACUUAAAACAGUUGUUAGUGGCAUUAACCCACAAUUUUUUAUCAUUGAGAGUUCAUUUUUCAUACAUCAUGCUUGUUUUAGAUAUUUUAUUGUGAUGUUUUAUCUUUCAUCUAUUAACACUAUUGGGUGAUGUAAUGUGGGGGCAUGCUAAGUGUAUGGUACUGGUUCCUUUUUUUUUUUUUUAAUGUUUUGGCACACCUAUUUUUUACAUAUAUUUUCGUUUAUGUAAUAUUUUUCGCACCAUUUUUUAACUGGACUGGAAUAACGAGGUGCAGUACUCUCGUAUUUUUAUGGGGAUCCCAAGGUGUACAAUGGAGUCCUUUCCUAGAAACUUCGAGUGCAACCUCUGCUUUUAUUGAGCAAAUAAAAGGUUAAUAUGUGUUGUGUUUUGAAUGA